UCAGCAGGAUCUAAACAUCUCCUGGUCUCUUUACAUAGGAAUCCAGUGAAGCUUAAAGAUCUCCAAUAGACUGUGAAGAGGAGCCUCUUUCAGAAUCUGCUGGAUUUGAAGUUUAGGACGGAGAGGCGUCAGAACAGACUCUGUUGGACUCCGACGAAGACGAUGAACCUAAAGUUUGUGGCAGUGCUUCUGUUUCUGGUUGUGGUAUUGGGAGUGAUGUUCAUCUACCUGAAGCCGAUCUACAGAUUCAGGGAAGGCCUCUGUGAUUCUUCAGAAGGCCGAUCUGGGGAUGGACACCUCUUCAGGAGUCCUGACCUACACUUGGUGGCAACCAAUGGGUUGAAAUACCCACAGCCGAGCAUCACGCAUGGUCGGACAGACGUUGUGUCGGUGACGCCCUGGUUGGCGCCGGUCGUCUGGGAGGGAACCUUCUACCCAGUUCUGCUUGACAGUAUCUACCAAAAGAGGAACAUCACCGUUGCUGCCACAGUUUUUGCUGUUGGGAAGUACAUCAGGUUCCUGAAGGACUUCCUGGAGACGGCGGAGCAGCACUUCUUCGUAGGUUUCAAAGUGAAGGUUUAUGUGUUCACUGACCAGCCGAAUGAGGUGCCCAAAGUGAAAAUGGCUGCUGGCAGAGAGCUGGUGGUGCGUUCGGUGCCGAACUCCAAACGUUGGCAGGAUAUCUCAGCCAGAAGGAUGGAGAUCAUCCAGACCCUGAUCGAGGAGAUGCUCAAAAACGAUGUGGACUACAUCUUCUGUUUGGAUGUGGACUCAAAGUUUCACAGUCGAUGGGGAACCGAGUCUCUAGGAGAACUGGUGGCUGUGAUCCAUCCAGGGUACUACAAAGACGACCGCAGUAAGUUCCCAUACGAACGGCGGCCCGCCUCCAGAGCCUACGUGGCUCCUGGCGAGGGCGACUUCUACUACUGCGGCGGCGCCUUCGGAGGCGUCCUGGCCGAGGUUCAUCAGCUCGCUCAAACCUGCCGCAAGAACUUCGAAGACGAUGCCAAGGAAGGCAUUGAGGCUGCCUGGCAGGAGGAGAGCCACUUGAACAGGUACAUGUGGCUGAACAAGCCCAGUAAGGUUCUGUCUCCUGAGUACCUGUGGCAGGAUUUCAAAGCCAGAAACUCGGAAGUUCGUGUAAUCAGAUUCUCUGGGGUCAUAAAGAACUACAACGAAAUACGACCCAACUGAGCUGAAGUACUGGGCCAACCAACUUCCUGUUCGCUCCGACCCAGACUCAAUACGAGCAUGUGCAAUACUCACCGACUGGAUCAGUUCUGUUGUUUCACUGGUUUAACUGGGAGUCUGUUUGAAGGAACCUGGAAGAACCCAGAGGUUUGUAUGUGAAUUAAAGUGGCUGCUGGUUCUGAUUCUGCAGCUGCUGCUGGUUCUGAUUCUGCAGCUGCUGCUGGUUCUGAUUCUUCUCUUGAUGCCAACGUUCUGCAGGUAUCAGUGAUUGACCGUAACACAUUACUGUAAAAUGGUUCCUUCUUUCAAAUGAGUAAAGUAAAGCUACAUUUGGAAAAAGGUAAUUAGAUUACUGAUACUUCAGACGAACAACGUUUAAUGUUUGGAAGAACAAACAUUAGUUUGAUUUAAAGACAAAAACAUCUUCGUGUGUAGAAAACUUACAUCCAGGGGAAAACUCCUCUUUAAACCUGAGGAAUCAAAACGCAGAAACCCUCGGGCAAUGCUACAACAUCCUGCUAAACAGGUGAAAUGUUUUACUUCACCAACUGUUAAGAGAUGUAAAUGUUAAUAAAUAGAAGUACAGGAGGGCGGGACUUUUAUUUAAAUUCAUUUGUUUGAUUUCAUCCUUGUAAUUUAUGUGAGUGAAAGAGUGUAAACAUUAAAAUAAUUUUAUUUAAAUGGUGGAAUAGGGCUGAUUACGGUUUAACUUAUUUUUUUCAAAUAUGGUGGAAUACACAGAGAAUAUGUUUUAAUACUCAAUAAAAAAUGUUGCAUUCCUA